AAUAAUAUUCAGCCCUGGCGCACUCGUCGACGUCGACGUCCCCCACAGGAACGUUACAACAAAUACAUAAAAUAAAAUCCGCACCCUAAUCAUACGGGGAAGCUUUGGAUUCUUUACGUCCGUCCAACGUUAAGGUGUUCAGUUAUUAUCAAGACCCUUUAUCAGUGAAAGUUAUUGAUUCGGUUCGCACCUAGAAAUUCCAGCCGCUCCGAAACACCCCAUAAGGGCUGUUUUUAUUCUUCAGGGUGAGAAGUGGGUCUUCAAACAUAACCAGGGAUCUUCCACUCUCCGAGGAUGAUCUUCAGGUUGCUGACGACCUGCCUGCACUUCUUCAGCUUGAAGCAGGGCACCAUCCUCAUCGCGAUCACGCAUUUGUUCAGUUCGGGAUUUAUCCUGAUAAUACAGCUCCUGAUGCUGGCCCACGCGAUGGAGAUCCGAGAGCUGGUCGCCAUAGAUAAAGAGGACGCUCUGGAACGAGAAGCCCUGGACGACGUAUCUUCUAGACACCUCACUACAAGGAUAAUGGAUGAGGCUCAUCGAAACGCCAUAUCGGAGUUGUACUGGCUGUAUUGCUUCCUGAUGAUAACUAUCAUCCACCUGUUCACGACGAUGCUCCUACUGUACGGGGCUAUAAAGGAUAACCGGCUCUUCAUGGCGCCCUGGAUGAUGGUGAUGAUGGCGAAGAUCAUCUACCUGACCCUAUCACUCGUGAUAGUGCACGAGGGUGGUCCCAUAGUCGCCCUGUUAGGAAAGGCGCAUUUCAUAGAAAGGAUGUUCAUCGUCCUGAUCAUCCUGAUCUGCAUCGACGUGUGGUUCACCGUCUACACGACGUACGAGAGCUUGGACACGAAGAAGAAGGGCCUAACCCACGAAGUGCACGACCCGAAGAAGCAGCCCCGUCUAAUAAUCGAGAAUACAAAGUUCCGAUGCAACGCUUCUUCGAGUCGACCCUUAGACGUUUAAUAGAUAGAAAAAUCGCUUGAAGAGAGAGAGAGAGAAAAAAGGAGACAUAUUUCGAAAAUGGGAAGAGACCCACAGCCAGCUCGAUUACUAUCGGGUCGACCCAUAAAUUCAUGCGGUAUAAAAAAUGAACAAAAUGUAUCAUAUCACGUUCUUUCACCCGAGGGAUGGAAAAAAAAAAGAAAAAAAAACUGCCUGAACGUUGAGAACAAUUAGUGAACGAAGGAGACCCUUGAUCAGUAUUGUUACAAUUGUUAAACACUGUUGAACGUCACUUCUUGGAGUAAAUCAAGCGCAUCCGAAAACGACGUAUUAAGGCUUCAUGAAAGUGACGUCAGAGGUGUCUCGU